UGACACCACCCGGGGUAUGGGGAUAUCUCAUGAAUUUAAUAAGAGAACAUUACGAAUGCCGAAUAAUUAGAGCCCAUGGCGCGGCCUGCUCUAGCUGCCGUGGCCCAUGCAGUUUUGGUGGCAAUAAUUGCUGGCGCUCCACUGCAAGAUGCAUGUCCCACGGAUACUCUGGAGCCUUGUUCCACAGAGCUUCUUCAGGUGAAGCUUGUGAUUGAGCAGGCCAUGCCAGAGUCAAUCUUGUUUGUAAAGACCCACAGGACAGGCUCCAGUACGCUUACCAACAUCCUCCAGCGCUUGGGGGAGAAGCGACACAUGCUAUUCCUGCUACCGAGUGACUUACAUCACCUAGGUUGGCCUUCCAUGUUCCCAGGCAUUGAGACUGAGACCAUGGUGGGUCCCCCUGAGCACCAGUAUGAGGUCAUAUGCAACCAUGCGGUUUUUAAUGAUGAAAAGAUGAGGUCUUACCUGAAGCCUCAUGCCUUUGCCUUCACCGUCCUGCGAUCGCCUCUAGACCAAAUCAGGAGCGCUUUGGAUCAUUAUCAAGAUAACCCUGGCUGGAUGUGGGGUUUGCCAGAGACGAACCGAUCAAGCUGGGACGAGCGCAUCAGGUUCUUGAGGCUUUUGCAGGAGACGCCUCACAAGUUCUCAUCGGAAGAUUUGGGGCGAUACAGGAACCCUCAGGCGCAUGACUUGGGAUACUAUGAGUUCUCGCAACUUCAAAUUGCAAGUUGGGAUGUUCAGUCAUGGGUUGCAGGUCUGUCAAGAAACCUCAGCUACGUCAUGCUCACAGAGUACUACAAUGAAGGCCUGGUUUUGCUUCGCCACAAGUUGGACCUGGCAAUCGAAGACAUUGUGUACAUUGUGAAGAACGCGGCAGGUUCUAGAGGUUCAAGCUUCGAGCCAGUGCCCCCGGUGACGGUUUCGCAGGAUGCAGAACUGAGGGCUCUUCUUGAAGCCGACAUUGCCUUGUAUGAGCACUUCAACCGAACUUUCUGGGCAGAGUGGGAGAAGGCUGGAGGAUACGCAAAACUUGGUGCAGAGCUCGACCAGCUCAAGGCUGCGCACUCUGCCAUGGAAGUGGCAUGUGCUCAGGGCGCAGAAAGCUGCAGCUGGAGGUUCCGGGCGAGCAGUGAGUACUAUGCGGAACACCUGAUGCAGAUCCAGCCAACGGGCUUACAGAACAUGACUCAAGCAGCCUCCACCAGGCGCUUGCUCAGCCCCCGCAAGUUCGGGCUCACAUUCAAGCAUUUGGCAAAAGCAGGCGGCACUUUCAUCCAGCAAGUGCUUGAAGCGGUGAUCCCGGGAGACCUGUUGCUCAUUAGAAAUGAAACUCAAUCACUUCAUCCCUCUGUCACUGAGGGCCGCUUUGUCCUAGGCUCGGUCCGCAAUCCUUUCGACUGGUAUCCGAGCAUUUGGGCGCACAUGAUGUGCGAUAAGUGUGAAUGGGGGCAGAGCUGCUACAUGGCAGCUUUGCCAGCUGAUGAGAGGAUGACAGUUGUCCCUGCCCACAGGGACCCGCCGUAUGACACGCCUGGUGACAUUGCCAGAUUCCGCAGGUUCUUGAACAUCACAUCGGCAAGGGAUAUGAACGUGCUCUCCUUGCGAUUUUGGGCGGGGUUUGUUCGUGGCCGAGAAGAGUCUGGUGGUCAUGUACACAUAGCUGAUCGCUCAACACCGAAGGUCUACAUCGACGAGGAGAUGACUGACGCAGAGAGGAAGCAAGUGUUUGAGGAGAUGGCGGCUUAUGAUCCCAACAACUCUUCGGUGUCAUGCUGGAUAAAGGUGGAAUCCCUGCAAGAGGAUCUGGUUCGGUGCCUGCAGCUCUAUGACCAGCAAGGAGGCACGGUGCAUUGGGACAUGCUUGCAGCAGCAAUGGCAAGUAGCACCCACUACGAGAGUGAGCAUGGUCUUUGUGGGAUCUAUUAUGAUGCCGAGACACGUGCAUUGGUCCAGCAUGGCGACUCUACCAUAUUUGACUCAUUCGGAUAUGCCCGUCAUUGCAGCGAUGAAGACUCAGCGUCUCCAUUGAACAGCAUUUCCCAAUUAGGAGCGUUUCACCUUGUCUCUGGAUGUGAGGGCUCUGGCACGACGAUGCUCACGAAGGUUCUCUGUCAUGACGAGAACGUCUUUUGCAUUCCAACCAAUUGGCGCCUCAGUGAGCUCAGCCCUGCGGCGCAGAAGAAGUACCUUGACGCAGGUUUGAGCGAAGAAAUGCUGGAUGUGGAUUGGAUGGCCAUUGAACAUGGUCAGGAGGAAUCUCCCAAAGGCAUCGGCCAAGAGAUCGUUGCGUUCAAUGCGGCGAUGAAGGAGCUGUGGCAUGAUGUCAAGGGCCGGCCUUACAUCCAACAUGGCAAAGAUCUUCGAGACCCCAGCAAGAAAAUGCAUUAUGUUCGCAAAGCUGCUACAGCUGCUCAAGCGCUUCUCACAGCUGCUCGGCGCUGCAAUAUCACUAGCAUUGUCUAUCACCGGUCGAUGCCUUUUGAUUCAAGGGACUCCGAGCGAGCUCAUAGCCCCUUUGCGGCUGAUUUGCCGGCCAUAGCGCGCCUCAUAUCACCACAAUGGCAUGCCCGUGCCACAUUGGUACUGCGAGACCAGCCCAUGACUUGGCAGUCUCACAACAGUCCUGGAGACUACGCAAGCUUUGUGAAUCAGAUAGAGCGGCUCCUCGCAAGAUCCGAACGUGCUGAACUACCAGCCAUCCCCUCCGUCCAAUUUGUUGCCUACAGCCAGCUUCUGUGCAGGCCUCAAGAAGCGUUGCUCCGAUUGGCUGAUGGGCACGACCAAGCCUGGCCUUCUCGGAUCCUCAGUUCUCCUGAGUUUGGCCGGACUGUGCAGCAGGAAGGACUUUCUACACAGCUUGCCGAACUUCGGGCCUUUCGGCAGUCCUGGGAGAAGGAAAGUUACAGAUAUCCAUUGUUCACUGAUUUCAUCAAGGAAAAUCAGGACUGUUGCACCUGCUCCUGGCCGUGGUGGAUUGUCUAUGUGGCAAUAACCUUGUUUGUGCUUUGUCUGGUGGUCGUGGUAAAGUCGGCGGCGCUGCGUUUCAAAUUGCAACUGCUGAGCUUCCUAGAUGUCUUUAUCGUGCACUUGCAAUAUUCUGCUGCAGUCCCGAUGGCUUAUGACAUCUCUCUCAAGCAUGGGAAAAGCGCGACUUUCUCUGGCUUUCUGAUUGGCUCAUAUUGGGCUUGCGUUGUAUUUGGGGCCCUCUUGGUGGGCAAACCUUUUGUCAGCAAUGCAAGUCAGCCUGUGCAGCGCCAAGCCGCUCUAGUGUCACUGGCUGUCAUGGCAGGUUGCAGCUACGCUUAUGCAAUCGCUGCAGACCCGCCAGCUUUCUGGGCAGGCUACCAUGAGUCCCUGACCAACCUUCUUGUGGCAUCGCGCAUGUGUGCUGGCUUUGCGUGGUCAAUAUUCACAAUGGUGGUAAGCUGCAUGGCAGUGAAGGUGACGCCGGCCAGUGAGCAAGUGAAGAACGAAGGCAUCAGGUCCUUCUGCAUUACAUUUGGAAUUGCUUUGGGGCCAUUCCUGGCUAGCGGGAUCACCGUGCUACCAAAUGCUGUCAAGGAGAUCGACAUUGCCGGACAACAAGCAGCCUUUCCAUUCUGGAUUGUAGGAGUCACGCAAAUUAGUGUCCUGGUGUACGCAUAUUUCGUCAUCCCAAGCAAUGUGGCGUGGCGUGAUGCUGUAGCCAGUGAGAGCCCUGGGCGCUUGGUGGCAGCCGACACUGAAAUGUGUUCCUGCAAAUUGGACGUGGUUCGCGCUUGGCAGCGGACGAUCUGGUGGGCUGGGAAUGCUUAUGGCAUCGAGCGAGCUCUUUUGACGAGCUCGUUGGAAGCUGCGAGCUCGCUAAUAUUGCAGACGUUUUUCUUGUGGAGCGUAAGUCAUGUGGGCCAAGCUACUGGGUGCACUUUCCUGGUAGCGGCGGUCUUCAUCCUGGGAUGCACGCUCUGCCUGCGACCAACCAUUGGCCAAGGCCUGGUCAUGCAGGCAGGUUCCUUUGGGUGCGCUGGCGCUGCCUUCCUCCUCUAUUUCAGCAUCAGUUCUUCACCGCUUGUAGUGCUGCUGGCAGACCUGCUUGUGUUUUCCUGUGGCUUCGUAGCUAGCAGUGUUGCGGAGGGGAUGGUAAUGCAGUGCAGCGUCCCAGGCACCAUGUGCUCCGUCGAGAACGCGUGGCUCAUCCGGAAUGUGUUCAAGUGUAGCGUUUCCCGCUUCUUGGGGCCCAUCGUAGCUCGUGCAAGCAUCUCAGCCGGAGGAGUCGGACUCUAUGCAGGCAUCCAGCUCAGUCUGGGUUGCCUAAGCCUGAUCCUGUGCAGCGUCCUCGCUCAUGCCAGCAAGAUGAUUGAGGCAGAGCGAGUCCUGUGCUGCAAGCAUUCGCCUGAGAACAUUGCAGGCUUCCCCGCUGAAGAAGCGCGUUGUCAGUACAGAGUGGCCUUGUGUGGGUUGGGCAAAGUUGCAGAUUUGUAUUUGCAGCAAAUCCGGGGCUGCUGCGCCAAGCACUUUGUGCUGGUAGCCUGUGCAGAUCCUGACAGGUCAACAUGGUCCAAAAUCCCCAAAGGCAUCCCGGUGGCCGAGAGUGCAGAUGGACUUAUUCCUCAUCGCCCUGAUGUCAUCAUAAUUUGCGUGCCUUCCCGUCUUCACACCCAAGUUGCGUCCCAGAUUGCCAGCGCCAAAGCAGUCGUCAUCAUGGAGAAGCCUGCUGCCACCUCGCUGUCGGACUUCCGAUGUUUCUUUGACAACUAUCCGAGCGCAACUUAUUUUGCCAUGCACGGGCAGUUUGCCGAGGAGGUAAUUUGGAUGUCCAAAGAGAAGGGCAGGUUUGGUCGCCUCUUGACCUUCGAGGUAUUGUUUUCUGAUGCUUAUGCGACAACUUUGAAGAGGCAAUCUGAUUCUCUGGGGGGAAGCUGGCUUGACAGCGGAGUCAACGCAUUGUCAUGUUUGAGAACCGCUUUGGGAGAGCCGGCCACGGUCCUUUCCCUCCAUCAGACAUGGGAUGAGACUACCGGCGUUGCCAUAGACGUUGCCUCGACAGCUUCCCUUCGUAUUGGCAAUGCAACGGGGGUUUUGCGGACAGAGUGGAUGAGGGCCGAAAGCAGCAAGACAAUGAAGUUCGUUUUCGAGGGAGCUGAAGUGGUACUGGAGCUUACAAAGCGACAGGUCAUUGUGAAUGGCGCUGUGAGCCAUGACUUCGGCAGCAGGCAAUCCAGGCUUGCAGCUCGGUACGCUGCGAUGAUGAAGGAAUUCCUAGCUUGCCUGCCGGCGCGCGACUUCAGCUGCAACCGAGCAACAGCUCUUGAACUCCAUGAGGUGCUCUUAGGUCAGCUUGGCGUAUAAACAACUCUUAAGGGAGGAGCGUGAAAACCUUGGCGUAAGUCCCAAGGCAUAUAGUGCUCACAGCCUCCGUACGCGAGGUUGGGGUCUGGUCUCCUCGGCUUGUGUCAUUUCGCGAGCUGCAAGAAGAGCUCACCGACAAUCGCAAUCUGGAGAUUC